CCUCCCGCCGCUGUGCCGUGGCGGAAAGAUGGCGGCGGCCAUGGCCUGAACGGGACCCGGCGCUGCCACAGCGGUGAGCGCGGCCGCGACCUCUCCCCGGUCCUCAACCGGCGCGGUGGCACCCGGUCCCCGUGUCCCUUUAGCCCUCGGGCCAGCGGGAGAUCCUCAGUAUCUUUGGUGGGCCAGCCCUCAGCUCCCCCCGGGCUUCCCUGGAGCUCAGUUCCUCCUCAUCCCGGGGGACCGGAGCUCCUCGCUUCCCUCUCGGCAGGAUGAAGAUGAAGUAGAGCUCUGGCCAUGGACCAUGAGGCCCCCACCAUCAGGCCCCGGCGCAUCCAGAACCAGAACGUCAUCCACCGCCUGGAGCGCCGCCGGAUCAGCUCAGGCAAGGCCGGCACCCACUGGCACCAGGUCCGCGUCUUCCACCAGAACGUCUUCCCCAACUUCACCGUGGUCAACGUGGAGAAGCCGCCCUGCUUCCUGCGCAAGUUCUCCCCCGACGGCCGCUACUUCAUCGCCUUCUCCUCUGACCAGACCUCGCUGGAGAUCUACGAGUACCAGGGCUGCCAGGCGGCCGAGGACCUGCUGCAGGGCUACGAGGGGGAGAUCCUGGCCAACGGCAACGACCAGCGGUCCGUCAACAUCCGGGGGCGGCUCUUCGAGCGCUUCUUCGUGCUGCUGCACAUCACCAACGUGGCCUCCAACGGGGAGCACCUGAACCGCGAGUGCAGCCUGUUCACGGACGACUGCCGCUACGUGAUCGUGGGCUCGGCCGCCUACCUGCCCGAGGAGCCGCACCCGCCCUUCUUCGAGGUGUACCGCAACAGCGAGUCCGUCACCCCCAACCCCCGCUCCCCGCUGGAGGACUACUCCCUGCACAUCAUCGACCUGCACACGGGCCGGCUCUGCGACACGCGCACCUUCAAGUGUGACAAAGUCAUCCUGUCCCACAACCAGGGGCUGUACCUGUACAAGAACAUCCUGGCCAUUCUCUCCGUGCAGCAGCAGACCAUUCACGUCUUUCAGGUGACGCCCGAGGGGACGUUCAUCGACGUGAGGACCAUCGGCCGCUUCUGCUACGAGGACGAUCUCCUGACCCUGUCCGCCGUGUACCCCGAGGUGCAGCGGGACACGCAGACGGGAAUGGCCAACCCUUACAAGGAGCCCUUCAUCAACUCCCUGAAGCACAGGCUGCUGGUGUACCUGUGGAGGAGGGCCGAGCAGGACGGGAGUGCUAUAGCAAAAAGAAGGUUCUUCCAGUACUUUGACCAGCUGAGGCAGCUCCGCAUGUGGAAGAUGCAGCUGUUGGAUGAGAACCAUCUCUUUAUCAAAUACACAAGUGAGGAUGUGGUCACGCUGCGGGUGACAGAUCCUUCCCAGCCCUCCUUCUUCGUUGUGUACAACAUGGUGACCACGGAGGUCAUUGCCGUGUUUGAGAACACAUCUGAUGAGCUGCUGGAGCUGUUUGAGAACUUCUGUGACCUCUUCAGGAAUGCCACCUUGCACAGUGAGGCUGUGCAGUUCCCCUGCUCAGCUUCCAGCAACAACUUUGCGAGGCAGAUCCAGCGCCGGUUCAAAGACACGAUUGUGAACGCCAAGUACGGAGGGCACACGGAGGCCGUGCGGCGCCUGCUGGGGCAGCUCCCCAUCAGCGCCCAGUCCUACAGCGGCAGCCCCUACCUCGACCUGUCCCUUUUCAGCUACGAUGACAAGUGGGUGUCAGUCAUGGAGCGGCCCAAGACCUGUGGUGAUCACCCCAUAAGAUUUUACGCCCGUGAUUCUGGCCUGCUGAAGUUCGAGAUCCAGGCGGGCCUCCUGGGGCGCCCCAUCAAUCACACAGUGCGGCGCCUGGUGGCCUUCACCUUCCACCCCUUCGAGCCCUUCGCCAUCUCGGUGCAGCGCACCAACGCCGAGUACGUGGUCAACUUCCACAUGAGGCACAGCUGCACCUAGGGGGACUCAGGGCUGCUCUCCUUGGCUCUGGGCCUCUGCCACAGGUGCACCAAAGCCAGACACUCACACCUUCUGGGAAACCAAACCAUUGCUCCUGGAAAGAAGCCUCACCUUGGAGCUCCUUCCUGUGGCAUUGCAGGGCCCUCAGCCUCAGCUGUGGAAAGCUGAUCCACCCCAGUUAUAGGCAUGGAUACUUCUGACUUGUACUGUGGAGAUCCCCCUGCUGUCCUUCCCUGCUCCUGUUGAUGAACAAAGCGUAGCUGAGGUUCCUUUCCUGGUUUCCCA